AUGGGGCUAGCAGCUACUGCUCAAAACAAUUCUCGUGUCUAUAUUCUUGCAAUUGUCACCUCAAUGGGUGCAUUUCUGUUUGGUUAUGAUUUGGCAUUCAUUGGAACGUCAAUUGAGUUGGACCCGUUCAAAAGGGACUUCGGACUAGAUGGCGCAUCAGAGGCCGUCCAAAACGCAUUUUCCGCCAACAUAGUGUCACUACUUCAAGCAGGAUGCUUCUUCGGUUCUCUCGCGGCAGCACCUGUUGGUGAUAAGCUGGGCCGGCGGCUAGCUUUGGGACUUGGUGCCAUUGCUUUCAUUGUGGGAUCAAUUAUGCAGACAGCCUCAGCUGGUAACACAGCUGUCAUGUUCGUGGGAAGAGCAAUCGGCGGGGUAGGAGUUGGCUUCGCUAGCAUGCUGGUGCCGUUAUACACAGCGGAGUGUGCACCGCCAAAUAUCCGAGGUCGGCUGGUUGGAAUUUACGAGAUUGGUGUUCAAUUAGGAACAUGUCUAGGUUUCUGGAUAAAUUUCGGCGUCGAUCGCAAUAUGGCACCCACCUCUUCGCAGUGGAUGACCCCGUUCGCAUUGCAGCUUAUUCCAGGUGGUUUGUUAAUAAUCGGCUUGGCUUUCAUGCCCGAGUCACCGCGGUGGAUUGCCAAAGUCCACGGGAAGGUCCGAGCCAUUAAGACACUUUCACAUCUUCGUGGUCUUCCCAUUGAUCAUUCAGCCGUUCAAGAGGAGGUAGACGAUAUCUUGCAUCAGCUAGAGCUUGAGCUAGCGGAUAGUCUGGGAAAUACCCGUGCUGCUUGGAAGGAGCUCAUGCAGCCCGGACUGCGCAACCGGGUCUUCCUCGGUGUGAUGAUUAUGGUUUUCUUCCAAAUGUGUGGAUCGAACUCCAUAAAUUACUACUCUCCGCGUAUCUUCCGAUCAAUUGGGCUGCAAGGAACGCAAACAACACUCGUUUCAACUGGAAUUUACGGCAUUGUUCGAUUGGUGGCAGUCUUCAUUGCCAUGUACUUUGUUGUCGACCGAUUCGGCAGGAAGUCGAUGUUGAUUGGCGGAAGUAUCAUGAUUGCUAUCUCAAUGUGGCUGAUCGGGGCCUUCGUCAAAGUCCAAAGUUCAACCACAAAUUCGAACGGAUCGCUUAGUGGAACUUCCUAUGCAGCGGCGGUGUUCAUAUUCGUCUUUGCUGUCUCCUUCUGCUUUAGCUGGGCUGGCGUGCCUUGGGUGAUUUGUUCCGAAAUCUAUCCCUUGCGUGUGCGUGGUUUGUGUAUGAGCAUAUGUGUUGCCACGCAUUGGCUGUUCAAUUUUGUCAUCGCAAGAAGCACGCCCUAUAUGAUUUCGAACAUUGGAUUUGGGACCUAUUUUGUUUUUGCUGCUUGUAUUACACUUGCGGUGCCAUUUGUUUGGUUUAUGGUUCCUGAAACCAAAGGGAUGAAGUUGGAAGAGGUGGACGCUCUCUUCGAAGGACGAGGUUUGAUUCCAAGGAGGCAACUGAGCAUCACCAGGGCUGAUGACACUAUUGAUGAUAAGGAAAUGUUUGAACAGGUUGAAAAGGUCUAA